ACUAUAUAAAAUCCGGUUGCAACUCUUUCACGUAUCCUGAGACUACAAACUAUUAUUCUACUGAGUACAUCUUUAUUGACUUACACUAUUUCCAUCAGAAAAUAUCUUUUAAACACAUCCUCAAAUAUGCGGCUGUUUAGCAUAACUACCUUGCUUUUUGCACUAGCUAGUAUGGCCUAUGCUAUGCUUGGCCCGGACACGGCUGGUUCCCUCGAAGCUCGGGAGCCCAAGCGUCGACUUGGGCAUCCACACAGACCUGGGAGGGAUGGUGGAUGCUUGAGGCAUGGACAGUCGUGCUCUAGAGAUGAUGUGUGUUGUAGCGGGAACUGUAACAGAAAAUAUGACUACUGUGAUUAGUAGCAGAAACACACACACACACACGCAAUUUAUUACGCCUGGUGGUAAAGUUGAAAGGGUAGUGUUACGAUUGCUACAAUUGGUCACUGUGGGAGCCUGAGCUAACAGCGAAGGUUGUCAGCGAGUCCUAGCCGGAAGCUUGUGUAGAAUCCAUAACAGGACUCAAUCCCGGACCUCACUCAGCGGUGGAUACAAGAGGAUUGGGGGCAUACAUGGCAUAAAAAGGCCAAGAAGGAGGCCUAGAAAGGAAAGGAGG